AAAUUUCGGUCAUUUCGUCAUGAGCGUUCCCCAAACUGUGCGUUCGGCAUUUGAGUAUCCGCGAGUAUGUGCAUCUGUGAAUCUUUUUCAAAUGGUGCUUCAAAUCCAAACGCAUCCGUACGCAUUCGUAUGCGAAUGCGAUCAAAAUGUAUUGGCAGAGACCGAAAUAAAGUGCACAUGGCUCGCCGCCGAUUGAUAAAAGAUAAAAAUAAAGAGAUCGGUCUCUCUUUAUGCGGAAUGUGUGCUCGCAUUCGCCUGUAAAUUCUCGAAGGGAACGCGUGCAAUUCGGAGCAUCGAAGCACCCAAGGUGAUUACAUAAAGCCAGAAAACCAGAACCAUGCAGAAGGCCAUCAAGAAGGAGCUCAGCUUCUCGCUGGACACGCUGGAGCGCUACCGGGCCAAAUACGGACGCAGUGCAUCGCUGGACACAAACGGCUCUCAAAUUGCUCACACAGACGGCGAGCCGGCUGCUCCUCCGCCGCCGUCGCCCUCGAUCUUCACAAAGUCCUUGUCGCCACCGAAGAUGACCAAGCUGCAGGAGCUGCAGCAGAAGAAGGAGGCCUAUUUGAGGGCCAAGGAGCACGAGCGGGAAAUGGAGCAACUGCAGCGCACAGAGAGAAGGUCCAUCAUAAACGGUUCGGAUACGCCCAAACCCAAGACAGGCAGUCCACCGAGCACUUCUCCGACUCCCAAUGCAAGUUCCUCGACAACCGCUGCCGUGGCCACCAAGUCAUCCAGUCCAGCUGGCUACACCAACUGGUCGAAUCACCAUGCCACACUCUGCUCCCAGUCGUGGGUGGCCAUCUCCGAGCUCAUGUACUUCUGCGACAAGUAUGAGUUCACCACCCUCAGCACCCGCGAUCUGAGGACGCACCAGGAGAUCGUCGCCGAGGUGAGAGCUCUGCUGUCCGGCAAGGCGCCCUUCGAUCAGCGCACCCGCUUCCCGGGUAACAUCCACGAUCCGGAGAACCUGUGGGUUUGCAUCGGUCGCUGUGCCAGCGUGGAGUACCAUCUGCAGCGCAUCAUCAGCAUCUUCCGCAAACCUCUCAAUCAAUUGACACCGGACAAACAGCGAACGGUGCGUCAGAAUUUCCACCUGGCGGUCAGCGAACUGCGGCUGGACAUCUCGGCGAGGAUCAGCGAAGUGCGUCUGUACGACCGCCUGGUCUUUGAGCGCGAGUUCCGGCUGGAGUGGCAGGAUGCGGAGGCCUAGUGGAUUAAAGAGUUUAAAGGAUGAGUAGGUGGACAAAAACGUUUAUUGGCAACUCUUCGCUCUUUUUUGCGGUGCGCGGUGGAAAAAACGGUUACAAAAAUACACUUGGACACGGGAGGCCGGAGCAUGGAGCACACGAGUGUGCAGCCAUUGUGCUGGAUGCUCCAAUCAACAUACAUAUAAGGGGUACCUCGUCAACUGAUCAUCAUUAUGAUUUGCUUUGGUUACAAUUGAUUUGCUUAGUAGUUAACGUAAGGAACAUUUUUAAUCAUAGAGAUCUUGCAUAAAUUCUGUAUAAUCUGCACAGUUUUGGACCAAUCAUAACCAAAAUCAGUUGGUGCGCAUACCCACAUACAAAGUUAACCACAUAUUUCACAAAUCUAGGCCACGGAUUGCCUCCAUUAAUUGCUCGCACAACUAAAUCUAAAGGUCGCCGGCGGACAGGUGGAAUCUGAGGAUGCAGCUCGAGCCUGGCCGCCGAUCAGGCCAACUUAUUGCUCCGUAAUACGUAAUACAAACAUUUAUAUAUAUGUACACAAUGCUAGCGGUAUAAAUAAAGCACUUUUGUGUGGGCCAACAUGGA